GUUUGACCCAAAGUGCAGAACCAAGCGGUCCUCUCAAUUUUAAUAGUUUGGCAAUGGUCCACGUAUUCUUCCUUUAGCCACCAAAUUUCCCAAGUCGCAGUCAUGCUUACUAUAUAUGUAGAACAAACUAAGACAGCCACACGGACUAUAACUAAAGAGGCUUGCAUAGCCUUGUGGAGAGCAUUGUCAGUUGCAGCUUUCCUGCCAAAAGAAGCAAACCAUGGGACUCAGAGCUCUCCCCUUGUCACCUUCACAAAACAGUGUCCCUCCACAUGUAGGACUUCCACAACAUUUUUCCACCCAUAGGUUCAGUAGGAGCUCUACCUACAGAGUUUCAGCUAAAAAAGAGAAUGAUGAGAAAGAAGAGCCAAAGAAGAGCAAGCAAUCUUUGUUUAGCAGUGUGACUGAGGCUCUAGAUUUCUCUCAAGUUAGGUCUGUAAAGGAUGCUGAGCUUUUAGGGGAGGCUAGAGAAGCCACCAAGUCGGGUGGGAGAAUGUCAAGGGAACAGUAUGGAGCUCUGAGAAGGAAAAUUGGAGGAACAUACAAGGAUUUCUUCAAAUCCUAUGUUGAUGUGGAUGGAGAAUAUGUGGAAGAAGGAUGGGUUGACAAAAGAUGCAAGGUGUGCAAGAAAGAUACAAGGGGUGAACCAAGGCAAAUAGACAAUUUUGGAAGAUAUGUUCAUGCAGCAUGCUUGGAGAAGUCCAACUCAGGAAACUUCUUCACUAGAUUGUUCUCAAGAUAAACAGGGUAGUUUGUUUGCAAUGAACUUUUGCUUUUAUAGUUAUUCAUACAUAAGAGCAAUGUGGUGAAAGAGAUGAAAGUGAAUAAUCUAGGUAGCAAUGUCCCCUGGGAAACAUAGAUUCUCCUCCUCUUGUCAGUAAAACGAAAUUUUCCAUUGGUUUUCUGGUUUUCCUUCUUGUUCAGAAUUGCAAUUAGCAGGACACAACUAUCCAUAUCAAUGCCAGCAAAGAUAUAGCAUGGUUCCUUGUUCCUUGCAGGAAAAUGAAGUUAAAAAAGGGGAUGCAAGAACUUGUUUGUAACCAUUUACCAAA